UAAUACUGGUUUUUAGUCAACGUUGAAGGAAAACUGUUAUACAAUAUGGAUGUUGUGAACUCAAUGCAUGGCAUGAUGCCAGAGGAAAACUCUACGAUGGCAGCAAGUACAAUGAAUCAUGCUGUGAUGAAUCAUGAUGCUGUGAUGGAUCAUGGUAAUCAUAUGAACGGAAUGAUGAUGGCACACACGAUGAAAAUGUACUUUAACUUCAAUUUACCAAUACAUGUUCUGUUCUUUGAGUGGUUGAUAGUAACCCAAGGUCAACUGGCUGGUUCCUGCGUCGGCGUCUUUGUCUUUUCUAUUCUCUAUGAAGGCCUAAAAAGCCUAAGAAAAUACCUACAGACAAAAGCUGCACCAAAGCGAUACUACCAGAGAAAUGAAAAAGGAUCAGAAGUUUCGUUCUCCAGAAACAAAGGGAUUCUUUCGUCCAUGUUCAACUGUUGGCAUUUACUCCAAAGCCUUCUACAACUCGUUCAAACUACUUCAGGGUUACUUCUGAUGUUGAUUUUCAUGACCUUUAACGUCUGGCUGGCUAUUUCUAUUUCCAUUGGUUCAGCAGUCGGCUAUUUUCUAUUCUCAUGGUGCCCUUCCUGCCAGGUUGACAUAGGGGAACAUUGCAAUUGACACGCAGCUAUAAGGAGUCUUCGGCUGUCAUCANAUGACGUUCAGAGGACUCGUUCGUGACGUCAGACGUUGAUGAAGACACGUUUUUGAUCGCACCCGCUUUGUAUAAUUGGCAUGACAAGCACAUUUAAAUUUCCUGGUCGUGUUUUAAACAAUUAAGAAGGCUCUUUAAAGUCUUGAGGCUACGGUUGUAUAGUUCUGUAAAUAUCCUUUGUUUACUACCAAAUGGUACAAGAGAAUGAAAUGUCUCCUCUUACCCCGACCUAAACUAAUAUAAGUCGAUUUUAACGUAAAUUCGACCAUAAGGUUUGGUGUUUAUACAUAUUAUAUAAAAAGUUAGGUUUACAUUUUAAAAUUAGGGUGAUAGUUUGUGUUAAGGAGCAUAAUAUUUAAUCAAUGUAACUUACUUUAUCCUCACGUGGCUGAAAAACAGUCAUUAUAACAACUAUGUUCUGUUUCAUACACCUUGUGCCAGCUUACGAGUUACCAAGUAUGUUACUUUGUGAGUUAAUAUUUUGGGUGAUUUUUGAUUAGUGCUAACUACACACGCUUUAUGUAUC